GUGCGGGACGCGGGGCGGGAGCCCCGCACACCGAAGAACAGCCAGCAUCGGAGGCACUCGGCCAUUACCCCUCGCGAUCUUACUGAGUGAACAUCAUAUUACUUAAUUCUUCAAUACAUACAAAUCUAUAUACAGUCCACUCUUUUAUUUAAAGUUCCGACAUUAGGGACCCUAAAACAUGGUCCUCUCGCCAUAACAUCAAAAUCAGCAAGAAAAUAAAAUCACAACCAAAAGUCGGCGGGCGCGCACGGAAGAUUCGCGAACAGCGGCGUGAGACGGUUACGUAACGGUCGAUCAGAGGUCAUCGCAGCGCACUUCGAGUAAUCAGACACGCAUCUACAUAGAAAGAAAGAAGAAAAGGAAUACGUCGCAACACGAAAUACGUGCAAUCCUACUGUGCGUUUCGUAAACCUGACAAAUUCACCGAAAAAGCUUCGCUGUGCCACGUGCUACGUGUCCUCACAUCGACGCCUGUGACCCCAUCACAAUCUUCACAUCGAGCUGCUGAUCAAUCCAUCAACGCUACGGUCGCAAUCAACUUCGCCGGGUGCUGAACUUCGCUCCAGGUCAUCGCCACGCGGUGCCACGCACGUCAUAAGUGUUGGCAAUCGUCGUCCGCCUGCAGCCAUCGGGGACAUCAGGAUAAAACAAAGGCCGUGAGAUCGUUCCAAUUAUCCCUUUCACAUUCCCGACUUACAUUCACACCCACCCAGCCAAACCUUGCCUUUUCCACUCUUAAAUUAGCCUAACCUCAUCUUGCAUAUUUAAUUCUUACCUUAGAUCAAAGAGUAAUAAUUAUAACCUUAAUUAAAUCACCUAAUUACAUAAAACAUUCUAAAACUUAAAGACAACAUAUUAAUAAUCUCACUAUAAUUCAUUUUAAAACAGUGCAUAUUACAUUUCAUUACCUUAUUGUUUGCCAUUUGCUAUAAAAUACAUACUUACUUAAUAAUUGCAAAAAUAUACCUGCAAAAUCUUUAUUUCAUUAAGUACGCUCAGUUACGCUUAUCAUAUUUUGUCUUUUCACAAUCAUCAUGACAAAUCCUUCCAAUUUAGAGACAUCUAAAGGCAAUAAUCACAAGGACAGGCUAGCUCAGCUUUGCAAAAAACGUGCAACAAUAAAAGGAAAAUUAACAUUGUUUAAAAAUUACAUUGCCACAAUUUCAGCUUCGCCUACCCUUAGUGCGCUUGAAAAGCAAGAGCUAGAACUUCGCUUAAACAAGGUAGAUAGUGUAUAUUCUGAAUAUGACAUGUUUCAGACCGAGAUCGAGACGAUGAGUGAGGACUUCGACGACGAGUCCGAUGAGUCAUUGCGAGAGCGUCAGCUGUUUGAACUCCAGUACUACGGAGCCGUGUCAGCGGCUAGACAGCUGCUGCAGCCGUUAAAGCCGUGCAUUUGGAACUCGUUACGGAGCUCACCAAGGAGGCAUACCUGUCUGCGAUGUCUCGUUUCGUGGCUCGUCGAGGGCUUCCUCACUCCAUCAUGUCAGACCAAGCAAAAUGCUUCAUUGCAGCUGAUAAGGAACUUCAAUCAUUUUUACAGAAUUCCAAUCUUGAAUCAGACUUAGCACAACUUAAUAUAAAAUUCCUUUUUACCCCGGCUUACUCACCUCAUUUUAACGGGAUUACUGAAGCUGCAGUCAAAUCAACUAAAUAUCACUUGCGUAGAAUAUUAAAAGAGGUUCAUUUUACUUAUGAAGAAAUAUACACUUAUCUAACACAAAUUGAGGCUAUAUUAAACUCACGUCCCAUCACUCCACUUUCUUCCUCUCCUCUUGACCUAUCCGCUCUUACUCCUUCACAUUUCCUCAUUGGACGAUCUCUAACGUCUGCGUCUAGUCCACAGAUCCCUGAUGUCCAGCUGAACAAACUGAGCCAACUGAACAGGUUCGACAGAAUACAGACCGCACGUCAGCACUUCUGGCAACGAUUCAGUCAAGAAUACGUCACACAGCUGCAACAAAGAAACAAAUGGAAGAGAGAUUCCGGGACGCUGAAACCUGGUACACUCGUGCUCAUCAAAGACAGGACUCAACCACCACUAGCGUGGCCUCUGGGUCGAAUCCAAAGCACAUAUCCAGGCAGCGACGGGAUCUCUAGGGUAGCAGACAUCAAAACAAGGAAGGGAACCAUGAGACGAGCCUUCAACAACAUCGUGCCACUGCCAAUUGAAGCUGACGAUGAUGAUGCUUCAACGGGGGGAGCUUGUUAAGGCCCGCGCGGGGCGCGGUGCGGGACGCGGGGCGGGAGCCCCGCACACCGAAGAACAGCCAGCAUCGGAGGCACUCGGCCAUUACCCCUCGCGAUCUUACUGAGUGAACAUCAUAUUACUUAAUUCUUCAAUACAUACAAAUCUAUAUACAGUCCACUCUU